GGCAGCAGAAAAUGACCGCCACAUAGUGGACCCCACCGACCCCUGAGCGGGGGCAGCAAAAAAGUCGCAGCGCUGCCGCCCGGCACAAGCCACAGAGGGCUUGGGUUGCUGCUUGCUCCGCGCCCCCUGGGACCGCGCCGGGCGACCGAGCCGUCCCUUCGCCAACGCCCACACCGCGACCGCGGCCCAGGGCCUCCGGGAAGAUGUUCCCGGGCGCCAAGGCGAUGCCGCGCCUGGACGGCCCGCCGCCGCCGCUCCUGGACGUGCACGCGCUGCGGCACAUCGUUCCGAGUUCCGCGGGCAGCCCGCGGAGCCGGGCCGCGAGUCCGUCGCAGAACACGCGGCACCAGAAGCGCGCGGCCGAGCAAAUCGCGGACUGGCUGCGGGACUCGGAGCGGCUCAAGGAACUGCAGCGGCGCGCCGAGGACGCCAUGCGGCAGGCUGACGCCGUCGAGAGGGCGCGCCGGAUCGCUGAGGACGCCCGGCGGCCCGACCUGGACGGGGGCCGGACACCCGAGGCGCCGGCGCCGCCGUCGCCGCCGCGCUCGCUAAAAGCGGUACCGCCGCCGCAGCGGCGGGCCGUGCGCGACGCGGCGUUCGUGCGCGAGCUCGGAUUGCUGGACGUUGCGGCGCUGCGGCGGCUCGAGGCGGGCUACAGCGAGAGCGUCGCCCAGUCCAAGGCCCUGGACGCGUUCCUGGUCGAGGCCCUCGGCGACGCACCGGCGGUCUCGCGCGCCGACGCAGCGCGCGCGGCGGCCCGCGCGGCGCGGAAGCGGCUGCUCGACGUCAACGCGGCGCCCGACGACGUGCGGCGCGCGCUGGACGCGUGCGGCGUCAGCGACGACGGCACCUCUUCAAGGAGGGCCCCGGCCCCGGGCCCCGCGCCGGCGCCCGCACCGGGCCCCGCCCCAUCGGCGGCGCCCGCGCGGAAGCGGCCGCAGAGCCGCCCGGGACGCUACGUCGCGGCGCGCAAGCUCCGCCGGUUUUUGUGCGAUCGUGUCCGCAUCGACGGAUCCGCGCGAGCGCUCGGCGGGCCCGAGGGCGCCCCGCUCGACGCGCGGCUCGACAACUUGUUUACCCAGUCCCUGCUGGAUCGCGGCCCCCCCACCGCGCCGCCGACCAAGGCGGCCUGGGCCGUCGCCGCGGCGUCGUCCAAGGCGGCCCUGCGGCGGCGCCAGCGGCGGCGCCAGCGUGCACUAACACGAGGCGCGCCGCUCGAGCCGCUCGAGCCGCCGCACGUCCGGUUGCGGCGCGAGCUCGGCGCCGCGCUCGCGUCGCAAGAGCGCUCCAAGCAAGCCGUCAAGGACGAGACGGUCUGGGUCGCGUCCAACGUCAACCGCCAGGACGACGCGCUCGCGCCGGCGACGCAGGCGCUCUGUUGGUAUCCAGUGUCCUCUUAUCUGCCUUCUUGAUUCGUAUCGUGGCGCUGGUCCGUCGUACGGAUUGAGUGCAGCGCUGCCCCACCACACGCCAUCGAAGCGUCGACUUCUGCCCCAUACGCCAUCGCCCACACGAGAUAGAGCACAGACAGCUCCGGGUAACUGAAAAAUGACCACAAACACACACAGGUCGCAAGUGGGCCGCCGAGAAGCUGCGUGCCGUCGCCAAAAAGCUCGAGAUGGGGCGGAUGCAACGCUUCAAGGCCCGCUGGGCGCGCGCCGCGCGGCUCUGCGCGCACGCCGACCGGGCGCGCCGCUACGCCGACCUGCUGGCCGCCGAGCGCUGCCUCAAGGCGGCGGGGUCCGUCGCGGAGACGUUGUGCCGGUCGGCGCUGCAGCGGUGGAAGAUCCUUUCGAAGACCCUGCACGACGCCGAGUGGCGGACCGCGGCCAUUGCGAUCCAGACCGCCGCGCGCGGCCAAGUCGGGCGCACCGAGGGCGCCUGGCGCCGGCUCGAGCUCAAGGCCAUAUCGAUUCAGCGCCUCGACCGCGGCAGAAGAGCCCGCCUCGAAGCCAAGCGGCGCGCUGAAGAACGGCGGCGGGACGCGGCGUCCGCCGUGCUCGGGCGCGCGUGCCAGAACCGCCAGGCGUGCGCGCCGGCGCGCGACGAGGCGCGGUCGAGGCGAGCGGCGCGGCUCCUCGCGGCGCAAUCCAAUGGCGCCUUGUUUAUGCAGAGGCUGCUGCGAAAGCGCAAGGCGCGGAAAGUGGUCGCGGAAAAGCGCGAGCUGCGCGAGCAAGCGCUCCGCGAGGACGCCGCCGCGACGGCGCUGCAGUCAAGGCAUCGGGCCAUCGAGGCGACGCGGGCCGUGGAGAAGCGGCGCGCGGCCGCCGCGCGUGUGGCCGCGGCGACGCGGUUGCAGUCCCGACGGCGUUGUACCAAGGCGACGCGGCGCGUGAUGUCCAUGCGUUUGGUUGCCGCGGCGACGCGGUUGCAGUGUGCCCAUCGGUCUCGAAUCGCGCGACGCGACGUUGGACAAAGGCGGGCCGCGGCUCUGGCUUUAAAACGAGACGGCGCGGCCAAGACCGCCCAGCGGCUCGUGCGACGACGGCUGGCGCGGCGACGCGUCGCCUUGUUGCGGGAAGCCGUCGCGAAACGCGAGGUCGGCGCCCUGGCGCUGCAGAACGCGAUCCGAGCCAAGCGCGCGCGCGCCGAAGUCUCGACGAAGCGAAAAGAGCGCGACGACCGCAUCGCCCGCGAGGCCGCCGCCGAGCGCGCGCGGCUCGCCGCCGCCGCAGCGGAGGAGGCGCGGCUCGCCCGCCUGAAGCGCGAGAAGGCCGUACGCGCCGCCUCCGAGGCCGCCGCGGAAGCGGUCAAGGCCUCCGAGACCGCGCGGUCGCAAGUCGACGCGGCCUUGGAGACCAUCACAACCGAGCAGCGUCGGGAGGACGCGCGCCUGGCGCAGGCCGCCGCCGAGGCGGCCGCGCGCGCGGAGGCGGAGCGCGUCGCCGCGGCCGAGGCCGAGGCCGCACGCGUCGAGGCCGAGCGGCGGGAGAUUGAGCGGCUGCAGGCCGAGCGCAUGAAAGCCGCGGAGGAGCGGCGCCUGGAGGAGCGCGCCGCGCAACGGCGCGCCGCUGUCGAGGCCGCGAUCAAGGCUCUAGAGACGGCCUGCGCUGGCGAGGACAUUGCAGCGCUCGACGCGGCCCUCGAGCAGGCGGCGUCCGCCGGCGUGCACCGCGAGCACGACGCCCUCAAGGCCGCCUUUGAAAAGCGCAAGGCGCUCGCGGCCGAGGCCGCGGCGAUCCAAAUCGCCAAGACGCUAUUCGCCCUGGAGACGGCGUGCGCCGCGAAGGACGUCGCCAAGAUCGACGCCGCGCUCAAGGCCGCGCUAGAGGCCGGCGUGCCUGCCGACAGCGAGGCCAUCACGAAAGCCCAGUCCGUGCGCGACGAGGUCGUCGAGGGCCAAAAGGCCGCCGAGCGCGCCGAGGAGACCGAGCGCGAGGUCCAGCGCCGGGCCGCCCUGAACGCGGGGCAGCUGUCGGCCGCCGACGCCGAGGAGGCGGCGAAACGGGGCGCCGUCGCCCGCGAGGACAACAUGCACACGCGAGCCCGCAAGAAGCGCGAAGCGCGCGCGGCGGCCCGACGCAAGGAAGCCGAGGAGGCCAAGGCCAAGGCGUCGAUCGACCCCGAGCGACUCCGGGGCAUGGAGCGGCGGCUGAACGAGCUCGAGAAGCUCCGCAAGCAGGAAGAGAAGGCGGCCCCGCCGCCCGAGUCGGCCGAGGAGCGGUUCGCACGCGAACAGGCCGCCGCCGCGAAGAAGCGGAAGGAGGAGGAGGCCCAGGCCGCGGCGGAGCGCCAGGCGCGCCUCGACGCCGAGGACGCCCGGCUCGCGCGCGAGGUCGCCGAGGCCGCGCGCAUCGAGGCCGUCGAGCGCGCGACGCGCGAACGGGUCGAAGCGGAGCUACGGCGAUUAGAAGAGAUCCGGGCGGAGGCGGACGCGGCGGACGCCAAGCGGCGGCUCGAGGCGGAGAACGCCGAGCGCGAGCGGCGAGAAGCGGAGGAGCGGCGGAUCCAGGAGGAGCGGGACGCGGAGAAGCGCGAGCGGGCCGAACGCGAAGCGCGGCAGGAGGCGCUGUUGAAAGAGCUCGAGGAACGCGCGGCGCGGCUCCGGGAACUCGAGGCGGAAGCGGCGCGCGCGGCCGAGGAGCGGAAGCAGCAGGAGGCGGAGGUUCCGGAAGGCGUCAUGGCAUUGCUGAAGAAGAAGGAGCUCGCGGAGCUGGGCGGCGAGCCCGUCGACGAGGAGGACCUCGAGGACGCCUACGACGCCAUCCCCGAGAAAGAGAUGGUGGGCGCGACCACGUCGUCGGUGCCCAAGCUCAAUCUCGACCGGCGCGUCGAUAAGGACGCCGAGAUCGCCGCCAAGCUGACGGAGAUCGACGAACGGGUCGCGCGGCUCGCGGCCUCGGAAGCUCGCGUCGCGGAGCUCGAGUCCAUGGUCGAGAAGCGCCUGAGCGAGGCCGACGCGGCGCGCGCGGCGAACCUGGCGCAGCUUUCCAAUCGAUGGAGCGCGCGCGACGUCGAGAUGACCGCACUCAUCACGAGCAGCGUGAGCGAGCAGAUCUCGGCGCGCGAGGGCGAGCUGCGCGAGGGCCUCAAGGAGGCGCUCGCCGAGGCGCGCGAGGCGCGGCGGCUCUCGGAAUCGACCGCUCUCGUGGCCACGAUGUCGCCCCCGGAAACGCCGUACGGCGGCGGCUACUCCUUUGGUGCGCCGCAACCGAGCGCUUGGGUCCAGUACUACGACGACGAGGCGCAGACCGACUAUUUCUACAACACGGAGACGGGCGAGACGUCUUGGACGCGGCCCGAGGGCGUCAUCAUCAAGCGCGGCGACGAGCUCGCGGCGCCGCCGCUCUUCCACGACGUCGACGAGCCGCCCGUCGUCGCGCCGGGCGAGACGCCGUGGCUCGAGUACUGGGACGAGAGCGCGCAAGCGCGAUACUGGUACAACCAGAUCACGCAGGAGGCUUCCUGGGUAGAGCCCGAUCCAAACGACGUCGUGAAGGCUCCCGAGGAGCCGGAACCCGAUCCGGAAGGUAUGGUGCCACCGGGACCGAACUGGACGGCAGCUAUCGACGACCAGACGGGCAAGGAGACGUGGGUCAACGACGCCACGGGCGAGGUGCUCAAGGCGGGCGGCGCCGCGGCGGACGACCGCUCGGUGGGCUCCAAGGGCUCCACCGGAAAGAAGGGACCGCGCGCUAGACGGCGGAUCAAAUCCAAGGGCGGCUAGCUCUAGCGAAUUAUUAAUACAUAGAUUGUA